GAGCGCGCGAGAGGGGAGAGCUUUUCCCUCUCCUCUCUCUCUGUGUUUCAGUCGUGUACAGCGGACUCUCUCCUGUCUCACUCGCAGUGUGCUGAACCUACAGGCGGCAGGUGUGGGCACCGACUGUCCGCCGAAGCUUUUCUCACUUGUUUGGGACCAAAUUUGGAUUCUAAACCGAGGCGAUAACUCACACUGUAAGCAGGCUAGGCAUAGUGCACCCUCGAUGUGAGGAUGUUGCAGUGAUAGACAGCAGAGCAGCUUCCACUGUAUCGCACUCAGCCGGCAUCGUCAGCUGUUGCGCUAGCAGAGAGUGGAAGAGUCGCGAGCAACAGAAAAAAAGGCCAAACUAUGCGACUGACUUUCUGCCGGUAACCGUUUUCCACCUUAAGUCGACCGGGGAGCGGAUGCGAGCAGAGGUUGCCAACGAGCCUCUGACUAUUUUCUGCCCUUUGUCGGUGCCGGAGGAGCUGUGCCAAUGGAAAAGGCGACUCCGCCGCCCCAGCCCCAGCUCCAGCUGUCGAUAGCGAAGACGGAAAGUCCAGCGGAGGACAUCUCCGGUCUCACCGACGAGGAGCUGCUAAAGUGGACCAAGGACGAUCUGGUGCGGCGGCUCAGGCGGUCCGAGGCCGACAAGAUGAGCGUGAUUCUGGAUCACGGGAAUCUCAUCCGAGAGGUCAAUCGCAGCCUCCAACUACACUUGAACGAGAUCAGGGGGCUGAAGGAUAUCAAUCAGAAGUUGCAGGAAGACAACCGGGAGCUGCGGGACUUGUGCUGCUUCCUGGACGAUGAUCGGCAGAAAGGCAAACGCGUAUCCAGGGAGUGGCAGCGCUUGGGACGUUACAGUGCCAGCAUCAUGCGUAAAGAGGUGACCCUCUACCUCCAGAAACUCAAGGAGCUGGAGCUUCGACAGGAGGAGGUAAUCCGGGAGAACCUGGAGCUGAAGGAGCUCUGCCUGCUGCUGGACGAGGAGAAGGGGGUGGUAGGUGUAGGAGGUGGCGGUGGAGGAAGCAUAGGGGGAGGGAGUGUUGGGAUGGGAGGGUGCCGCAACUCUAUAGACAGCCAGAGUAGUUUGCUGCUGGUGCCCGGGCAGGGCCUCCUGAUGAGAGACGUGGGGGACGGGAGCAGCACCUCCAGCGCAGGGAGCGCUGACAGCUCCGAUCACCCUCACCAUAAGCAGCCUCACCUGGCCCCCGGGGUGGGUGGGCUUGGUAGCGGUGGGGAAAAGGGGAGCCCCGAGCUUGUGCACAAACCCAGGUGUAGCAGCAUCAGUGGAAUAGGAGGCGGAAGUGGAGACAGGGAGAUGUCCAGCCCUGAGCACCCUGCCGGACGCCACCGGAGUACAAGCCUGGAGUACCCGUACACCCUGCCCCAGCUCUGCCGGCCCCGCUGCGGCUCCAUAUCCGUGCCUGACCACAGUCGAGUCAUGCGGGGCCUCAGCCCGGAAAAAUACGGGAGGAACGUGGGACGACGCAGUCCGGAGCAGCACCCCAAGCACCACACCUCUGAUCUUCUUCUGGGCCAGAGGCAGCACUUCCUGGGUCAGGGAGGCAGCGGGGAGCUCUAUCAGAGGCACCACAGGAGCAGCAUUAGCAGUUUGGGCUGCGGGAGCCCCGAGCCCAGGCAGGCACAUUUAGGGGCCACAGAGCACCAUGAAAAGGGCUGCGUGAUCCAGGGGGGCAGCCCUGAAACUCAUCGGCACCAGUACAGUAUGAGCCCUGACCAUGUGAAGUUCGGCAGCCCUGUGAGAGACGGGCAGAGGAGGCCGGCCGGAGACGAGCUGUCGCCCCACCAUCGGAGCAUCUACAAUGGCAUGAAUGCUUUGAUAUCAGCCGGCUGCUGCACCAACAACUGUAGAAAUGUCAAGCUAUGGGACAGCUUUGAUGCCUCCUCUUGACCCCAACUUGACCAGCUAGGCUCCUCAAACGGAGGAGGGGUUGCAGAGGUACAGCCCUCCAGUGUCUCUGGCCUUGAUAAACACGAGGACCCCUGGACGCCAUCCUCCACGACUCCGGAUGGUCCGUCGUCCAUGGCCUCUUCCAUGUCCACAGCCCUGAAACAGACUGCCUCCAUGUUUUCAUUUCUACAUAUCGAGACUUCGAGAGAAUGGGAGGGGAGUUUUGGGGGAAAUGCUAUUAGUGCGGUUGGUAAAACCCACGAAGACUGCCGCAGCUAAAUGGAUUAGAGUGGAUAUCUCUCCAUUCCAACUGUGACACGGCUACCUCCCAGAAAGCACACAGAAAAAAGGGAGAGACGCUGGGGAUCGGUGAGAGAAGAUGUAGAGGACUCGGCACUGUUUGUGCCGAUACCCUCUGUUUACAAAUGUACAUCAUUGGUGGAGAAGCACAUAAAUGAAACUUUCUAUACCCUGCCGUUCUAAACCUGAAUCAUUUUCCAAACACUUUUGCCUCCCUGUUGAUCCAGCCUCUCCCUCCUCUCCUUCAUCUUCAGAGUGUGUAAUGAGACUGGUGUAAUCUAAUGUUCCGUCUCUCAGUCUCCACAUUCAGCCGAUCACAUGAUUGCCAUCGUCUUCAACGUUUUCAGCCAUUUCAACUGAAUUUAAAAACAAAACAAAAAGCAUAUUUGUCAAAGAUGUUCUAGCAAAGAAAAAAAAACAACCUCUUCCUGUGUCUUAAACCGAGAUGGUCAUCAUUACUAGCUGCUGACAGAUGUUCUAGUUCUAUAAGAUGCAAUGUUCAGGUGUAAUUUUUUCUUUUUUGUAUUAUCUUCUUUGCUCCCUUAAAGCGCCUAUAUUGAAGCUGGGGAGAAGAUUAUACGUUUCUCCAUGUGGAUUUUUACAAGGAAAUAAAGUCCAAGUAAAAAGUAGAUUAUUGGAUUAGUUUUCUAUAUAUCUAUAUAUAUAUAAUAAAUAUAAUAUGAUUAUUAUUUUUGACUUACUGGUAUUAGAACUAUUAUAUGAAGAUGCAUAUGAUAUAUAUAUCAAAUAAUAAACAGACUUCUUUAUGUAAAAGUG